GCCUGGGCAGCUUCAGCCGCGCAGCGACCCGCGGCCCCUGCGACAGUUAGCCCACCAUGUCCGGGUCUCGGGCCCCAGAGCCGGCCCUCAGCGUGCAGGGAGACUCCACCACCAGCACAGGGGACGAGGACGAGGACGCUGCCCACGGGACCCAGCACUCCCAUCGCAUGCUCAGCUUCAGCGACGCACUGCUGUCCAUAAUUGCCACCGUCAUGAUCCUGCCUGUGACCCACACGGAGAUCUCCCCUGAGCAGUUUGACAGAAGUAUCCAGAAACUUCUAGCAACCAGGAUUGCCGUCUACCUGAUGACGUUCCUCAUCGUGACCGUGGCCUGGGCAGCACACACGAGGUUGUUCCAGGUUGUUGGGAAGAUAGACGACACCCUGGCCUUGCUCAACCUGGCCUGCAUGAUGACCAUCACCUUCCUGCCCUACACGUUUUCCUUGAUGAUGGCCUUCCCGGAGGUGCCGCUGGGCAUCUUCCUGUUCUGUGUGUGCGUCAUCGCCAUCGGGGCUGUGCAGGUAAGGCCCCCUCCCCCCGGCCUCCCACGUGCAGCCUCUCGGAGGUGCCAGAGGGCCGUGCGCUUGGCCGUGCCCAGAGCCCUCUGGGCCCAGCUCUCCUGGGCGAGCGCUCGGAGGUGGGGCUGCGGGGUCGGGGUGGGCUGUGUGAUGUGGGGGGAGCUCCCGUUCGCACAGCGGCUGCACCUUCGUGUGUUCCUGCCUCAGCGCACCAGGUUCCCGCGCCCUCUCCUCGCCAGCACGGUGCCUGGUGGUGUGAGGGGAGCUGCCCUGUGGUCGUACCUGCUGAUGGCGACGGUCAUCUUCCUCCCCUACGCCAGCAAGGCGGCCAGCUGGUGCAGAGGCCGGCUCCUGGGCCCCCGGGAGCCCCCAGCCCCCAGCGUGGAGUUCUUCACCUAUGACCUGCAGGAGCCGCUCAGCAAAGAGCGGGUGGAGGCCUUCAGCGACGGGGUCUACGCCAUCGUGGCCACGCUCCUCAUCCUGGACAUCUGCGAGGACAACGUCCCGGACGCCAAGGUCGUGGAGGAGAGGUUCCAGGGCAGCCUGGUGGCCGCGCUGAGCGUGUACGGGCCACAGUUCCUGGCCUACUUCGGCUCCUUCGCCACCGUGGGCCUGCUCUGGUUCGCCCACCACUCCCUCUUCCUGCACGUGCGCAAGGCCACGCAGUCCAUGGGGCUGCUCAACACGCUCUCGCUGGCCUUCGUGGGCGGCCUGCCCCUGGCCUACCAGCAGACCUCGGCCUUCGCCCAUGGUGCUGACGCAGAGACAAGCGAGACACAGCAGGCCGUGCCCAGACUGUAUUGCUGA